CCUUCUGACUGUGCCGAACAACUGCAUGUGUGCUGGUCACUAGAUGUGGUUUGCUUUUCUGCAGUCUCAUAGUUUACAGUGACCUGUCACUGCAGUGGAUUUCAUUUAAAGGCAUCAGUUCCUUGGAUUUGGUCCUUGAAUACUAAACAUCAUGAGCAACUACAGCGUGUCUUUGGUUGGGCCAGCUCCCUGGGGUUUCAGACUUCAAGGGGGCAAGGAUUUCAAUGUCCCUCUGUCUAUUUCUCGACUUAAUGAUGGAGGCAAAGCAGCCCGAGCGCAUGUGGGGAUAGGUGAUGUGGUUCUCACCAUUGAUGGGAUAAGCACAGAUGGGAUGACUCAUCUAGAAGCACAAAACAAGAUCAAGGCAUGUACAGGCAAUUUGAACAUGACUCUGCAGAGAGUGGCUUCUGUACAAAAACCUGAUCUUAUUAAUGUGCCAAAGGGAGAACCUACUGAAGUAGUUAAGCCUGUGCCCAUUGCCUCUGCUGUUGCACCCAAAGUCACUGCCACAGCGAGCGUGGCUUACAAUAAGACACCGAGGCCGUUUGGAGCUGUAACCUCCUCCAAAGUCACCUCCAUCCCAUCACCGUCCUCCGCAUUCACCCCGGCCCAGGCGUCGGCUCCGUCGCUGACGGCUGCCGCCCCAGCCCCGUUUGCCGCGCCCGGACUGCAUGUUCACACCAAGCCUAACCCUGAGCAGCGGUCGCCUGUGCCGAGCGCUGCUAAACCUGCAGUUAAUGUCCCACGGCAGCCCGCCGCGCAAAAUGCCGCCCCGAGCGCCUCUGCCGGCGACGGCGCCCAGGAUGUAGCCGAGGGGCCACGACGAGGAUUCAGAGAAAACCAGGGGGAGAGUAAACAGCAAAAUGGGAAAAACCCACCAAAACGCCCCCCACGGAAGCACAUCGUGGAUACCUACACGGAGUUUUACCACACCCCCACCCACAGCGAUGCCAGCAAGAAGCGCCUGAUUGAAGACACGGAAGACUGGCAUCCCCGGACAGGCACCACCCAGUCCCGCUCCUUCCGCAUCCUCGCCCAGAUCACGGGCACCGAUCAUAUGAAAGAACCAGAAAAUGAAGCUGCAAAGAAGACUAAUGAUUCCCUGGAAGCCACCCAGCCUGCUGCUUUUACUGCCACCCCAGCGAGGAGCGUACCUGCUUGCCAGGACAACGCGGAUGCGAGACCUGCUCCCGCCAACACCACAUCUGCUGCAGCCCUCAAGCCAGUGGGACCCCUGGGUUCUGCCAAGGGCUGGCAGCCUCCAAACCAAGCAGCUCCUGCCAGUGGAUGGACAUCAAACAGUAUUAAAUCACCUGGAACAACUGCCCUGAGUGAAAAACCUGACACAGCACCUCAGCUAAAUGAACAAGACACGUUGGUUCAGAGAGCAGAGCAUAUUCCAGCAGGAAAGCGUACUCCCAUGUGUGCACACUGUAAUCAAGUCAUCAGAGGACCCUUUUUGGUGGCUUUGGGAAAGUCAUGGCAUCCAGAGGAGUUCAAUUGUGCCCAUUGCAAAACUUCCAUGGCUUACAUUGGAUUUGUGGAAGAGAAAGGAAUGCUGUAUUGUGAGGUCUGCUAUGAGAAGUUCUUUGCCCCUGAGUGUUCAAAGUGCCAGAGGAAGAUCCUCGGGGAAGUAAUAAAUGCUUUGAAACAAACCUGGCACGUUUCCUGCUUCGUGUGUGUGGCUUGUCAUAACCCCAUCCGCAAUAAUGUCUUCCACUUAGAAGAUGGCGAUCCCUACUGUGAGACGGAUUAUUAUGCCCUCUUUGGUACCAUGUGCCAUGGCUGUGAAUUCCCCAUUGAAGCUGGAGACAGGUUUCUUGAGGCUCUGGGCCACACUUGGCAUGACACUUGCUUUGUAUGCUCCGUAUGUAGUGACAGUUUGGAGGGCCAGACUUUCUUCUCCAAGAAGGACAAGCCACUGUGCAAGAAACACGCUCAUUCUAUCAAUAUCUGAUGCUUGGAGCUCAUCAUGUGUAACAAAUGUACUGAGCAGAAAGGUUAAAAUGUCCAUGUUCAAUAAUCGGUUAAAAUUAUUUAUAUACAAUUUUUCUUAAAUGGAAGAGAGAUGGGGAAACUUUCAGAGGGUAUUGUAAAGUAAUUUUUCAGAGCAUUUAUCAUGAAGGUUUUGCUUCAUAAAAAGAGAGGAAUCAGGAAAAGCACCCAAGCCAAACAAUUAGAGUGCCUUGACCUGCACACUUGGCACAUUACUGUACUAGUUUCGUGAUUUUAUGAUCACAUUUAUAUCUGUUUCAGUAUGAGCAGUGAAGUAUCUAUAAAAAUAAAUACCUGAUAUUAGAAGUCUUGGUUUUGCUGCUCUUGAACAAAUAAAAGGAGAUUGGCUUCAGCAAUCCAGAUCGUUUAUUGAGGUGAUGUUUUUAAAGUGUGUCUAAAAGUAUUGCAGCUAAACUCCAUUAAAAGGGACUCAAAGCAAAGUUCACACAAAAUUUAUAAUUCUGAAACUAAUAUUUUUAUCUGAUACUCAUAUACAUAAAGCCUCCUGCACAAUUACAUGUACCUGUGCCUUUGCAGUUAAAUUUCUGAUGGGUUUGCAAGGGACAGAGAUUUUUACAAAGCAGUUAAGUGGGCCAGUGGCUAUACUGGUAAAAAAGAAUAGUUUAGAAGAUCCCACUUAGAAGAAAACAUGGGAUGCUCUUCCUUAACUCAUGUAUUAUCAGAACACUGGCCAAAAAAUCCUGCUGCUGAAGGUGUGUUUGACACGAUGGAAAUGUCAGAUCAGAUCUUAAGGGAACAGGGAUUUACACUCUUCUUUUUGCAGUUCAGGUUUUAGAUAGCUUUAAGUGCCUUUCCCCUUUAACGAAAGGGGAAAUUGCACUGAAUCUCUAGGUAAUAGUGUUUUAUAUUCAGAAUGUGAGAUUCUGGUAUUGAAUGAGGGCAACUGCUGAAGUGCAAAUGAGGACAUUGUUUUUCUCUCAGUACAUUCUUUACCAUGUAGCUCAUGAAUAUGUAUAUUGGUGGUGUGCCAGGUAGAGUACUAAAAAUUUAACUUUCUUGCUCAGCUGUUAUGAUUUUUAUUAGUUUGAGUUUUAUUUCUCUCUUUUCUUUGAGAUGUAGGGAAUAUAUUAUUGAAUAAUACUAUAUUGAGUUAAACAGCUCAAUAUCUCUCAGAUCUUGGAAGGGAGCAUAGAGACAAUGCUGUCAUUAUGCAUUUACUGUGAGCCAGGAGAGCAGCCAGUUCUGUGGCUUGAUAUGAAUUUUGCAUCCACACAGAGAGUCAGCACAAGGCCUGUGCACCAGCUAAGUCCCUACUUAACUUCAAAUUAGGGCUUAAGUGGUAUGGAGCAACUGUAAGCAGAUAGGGAAAAGGUGGUGCCCCUCUGCACAGGGUGAAUUUUGCUCCAGCAGAAUUGCACAACAGAGAAUGGGGUCCUCUUGGGAUCAGAGCAGAUUCCUGAAGGAAACUGAAUUUACAUGCUAUUUUAUUCAGCUGAGAUGUCAGGGCUGAAUUGUUAGUCUUUUGUACUCUUUCCAAUAGGCAUUAAAAAAAAACAUUUAGUGUUUUUGUUGUUGGGAGGAGGGGCAGAGGGGGGAGGGUGUCUUGAUACAAAGGACAGUUUUAUCCAUAAAACCAUGGGGAAAAAUCACAAAAAAUCACCAUGGUUGACUAAAGCAAUUGUAAUGAGGAACAUCAGCAAAAGAGGAAGAAAGAAAACCAAAACUGCUGUACUUAAAUAUGAAAAGGUAUUUGGCUUUCUUAUUAAUUCGGUGAGACAGGUUCACAUUGUGGGGCUGUUUUACUUUAUUUCCUGAAGUUGUUUUUCUUCAGUACUACCAUGUUUCUUUUUUUAAGUUCUGGUGGUACAGAAGAAAUUUGGUAAAUUUGGUAAAUAUUUGUAAAUAGGAAGAAGUUUAGUGGUACGGUAUAAAGCUGUUUAAAAUGUUUACACUCUUGUUGAUGUACCCUUCUGUGAGUUUGGCUGAAAAUCAGAAGGGUAGAAGCAGACUGGACAAAAUACAGUAAUAUAUAAGCCAGGUUGCUUUUGAAAUUAAGUAGAAUGUGGAAAAAUGAAACCUGGAGACUAGGUUUCGGUGGAGCUAUAUUGCACAUGUGUGAGGAAAGAGGGUGGAAAUGCACAGGAUAAGGCCUUCAAUAAUUUCUGCAAUUCAAACCUUGGUAUUUUAAUGUAAGAUAGAAACUUCUAAGUUUGUCCUUAAAAUCCAAUUAAAUUUUGUUUAGUUUCAUAAUUUUAAUUGGAAUUGUAUUUUUUAAUCUAUGUGCUCUAGGGUUUGAAAUUUUUCAGUUGUUAAUGAAUUUGAGGACAAAAGCCUGAAAGGCUUCAAUAGAACUGCUUCAUGUAGCUGCUUUGCCUUUUAAUUUCUACUUUUAUCUGUUUGUUUAAAAUUUAAAAGGAAGCAUAGAGUCACUGAUACAUAAUGAGUAUUUAAUGGCUUUACCAAAUUAUAUAAAUCAACUAAAAGGAACAUAAUUUUUAUUGUUAUUUUAAUAAGUGAGAUUAUAGUAGAGCACUUUAUAAUAAUGCCAUAUUUCUCACUGAAUAUUUAUUACCUUUUUUUUUUAUUUAGAACUAUUUCAUCCUGGUAUCUUUGUAUUUUGUUUUAUUUUUAAGCCUGCCUUUACCUCUAGAAUUUUUUGGGGUGCGAGUGUGUGUAUGUGUACAUGUUUAUAUAUACUUUGUCUAUACAUGCACACAUAUACAUGUGCAUUGAGAGACAUACAUAUAUACGUGUAUUUGAAUGCAGACUUGACGUAGCAAAAAUCAGCACAGUUCUAUCACUGUGGGAUUUCGUGAGACUCCCAAGUGUUUUUCAUACAACACAUGUAUAGCAUUCAUGCUUUGAGGGCAUGUUACAAAGGCAGGAGAGACGUGUUAGUAACAUAACUACUGUAGCUUUUUGCAUGCAUUUUCAGUCAGUAAUUGUUUUUCUUCCAAAACUGCCUGUAAGAGAAUGGGGCUUAACUCUGUUUGAAGGUAGAAGGUCUUUGUAAGUGAAUAAUUGAUUCACAAUGACAGUUUCAGCAUAUUGUAACUAAAUAAUUCAAGAUUAUGUGUAAAUAUAAAUGCUUAAUAUAACAUGCAAUAAACAUAAAAGCAAAAGUUGAAUUGUGGUUCAGUGUGUAUUGGUCUGUUCAAUUGCGUACCUAUUUCUUCACAGAGCUACUUGCAUCAUCUGGCCAUGUGAGCUGCUUUGCAAACAUUAUUUUAUGCUGAUCUACUUGCUCUUAAGUCCCGGUGAUUUCUUUGCUUGUGUUUAAUAAUCUUUGGCAUCAAAGUUUGGCUGUUCACAUUUGCAAAUUAAAUUAUGAUUGAAAAACAUAACAAGCAAAUAAACCCUACUCAAAACCUGAAA